UUUAUGGCCGGCCUGUACAAUGAAACGCGUAUGAAUUCCGCUAUCACGGGGCGGCGAUACGAAUCAGCACAUAAAGAAUGAUCACGGAGCACUAAUCCAAGCAUUUUUUUUAGUCAAUCUCUCUCUCUCUCUCUCUCUCUCUCUCUCUCUCUCUCUUGUCUCUCUCUCUAGAGUGUGUGUGCUUGGCUCCCACCACUUUUCUCUAUCUGCACUUUGAAAACUUUGAAAGCCUCUCGCAAGCACAGCCAGCCCUCCAUUUCGUUGUCGGCAUGUCAACCCUCUCUCUUUCUUUCUCCCGUGCACUCCAUCAGCCAUACUUUCUCGCUCUAAAAAUGGGAGCCGAGCAGUGAGGACGAAGAACAGGAACCGGGCGCCCUUCAUCAUCCGUUAGCUAGCCGACGAGGUGAUUUCUGAAUCAGGUGCACCACACAAAAAUGGAGCAAUACGAGGUGUUGGAGCAAAUUGGGAAGGGUUCAUUCGGCUCUGCGCUCCUGGUGAGGCACAAAGUUGAGAAGAAGAGGUAUGUCUUGAAGAAGAUCCGCCUCGCCCGCCAGACCGACCGCUGCCGCCGAUCAGCACACCAGGAGAUGGAGCUCAUUGCAAAAGUAAGGAACCCUUACAUUGUGGAGUACAAAGAGGCUUGGGUAGAGAAGGGUUGCUACGUGUGUAUUGUCAUCGGUUACUGCGAGGGAGGGGACAUGUCAGAAGCCAUUAAGAGGGCUAAGAGCAACCAUUUCUCAGAAGAGAGGCUGUGUAUGUGGCUUGUGCAGCUCCUGAUGGCACUUGAUUACUUACAUGUGAAUCAUAUCCUUCAUCGCGAUGUCAAGUGCUCAAAUAUAUUUCUCACAAAGGAACAAAACAUACGGCUUGGUGAUUUUGGUCUUGCUAAAGUAUUGACUUCUGACGAUUUAGCUUGUUCAGUUGUGGGAACUCCAAGUUACAUGUGCCCUGAACUUCUUGCUGACAUUCCAUAUGGUUCCAAGUCUGAUAUAUGGUCCCUCGGCUGCUGCAUCUAUGAGAUGGCUGCUUUGAAGCCUGCAUUUAAAGCAUUUGUGAGUAGCAUCUCAUGCUUGAUGAAAACUGAAUUUACCUUAAGCUGUAUCGUGAUUGGUGAUUUUCGAUUCUUACAGGAUAUGCAAGCACUGAUAAACAAGAUUAACAAGUCUGUUGUAGCUCCUCUACCAACUAUGUACUCUGGUGCAUUUAGGGGACUCGUGAAAAGCAUGUUGCGCAAAAGUCCAGAUCACAGACCAAGUGCUUCAGAACUGCUUAAGCAUCCUCACCUUCAGCACUACGUGUUCAAACUCCAAUUGAAGUCGACUCUUCCUCACAAUUUGUUCUCAGCUAAGCUUCCUACCAAACACAACACAAAUAAGACUGCGCUUUCCGACACUGAAGACAAUAGCAAACUUAAAUACAGCAAGAGCCAUUCAUUUAAACUAGCAAGGGCUGUAAAACUUGACCAAAGCACUGAUGCACAUGAUCCUCCUAGUUCUACCAGAACUGGGAAGGAUUGUCCAGAAUUGCUAAGUGAACAAAUGGAGGGAUUGUCAAUCCAAGUUACCAAGAAUGUUGUUGAUGAAGUGAAACAUGAGAAGUAUUCAAAAGCUACAAGACCUCCUGCUCCUACUCCAAGAAGGUCAUCAUCGACACCGAGAAGACGAUUACAGCCUUCAAAGACAUUUCAUGCCAGAACUGCUCACAAGGAGCAGCCUCCACAGUCAGGGUCUUCAACAGACCAAAUGGGUCAAGCUACACGGCGAGAAUCACUGCCCCUGCGUAUGAUCAAAACUCCUGAAAAGCGGCAGGCCACCAACAUUCUCACCAGAUUGAAAUCUCCUGAUGUUUCAGUAAACUCUCCUCGAAUCGACAGAAUUGCUGAAUUCCCACUGGCAUCCUCUGAAAACCCAUUACAUCACAUCACAAAGCUUGCGUUGCCAUCUAUCAUUGAUCAAUCCAUCACCAAGGACAAGUGCACUUUCCAAGUGCUUCGAAGCGACAGCGAAAACUACUCUGACUCGCCUGACAUCGACCUUCUUGGUGCUGACAAUUCACCCAGAAGCUCAUCAGAUUGGAGGCAGAGGAGGUUCGACACAAGGUCUUACCAGCAGAGAGCUGAGGCUCUUGAGGGCCUGCUUGAGUUCAGUGCACAGCUGCUACAGCAAGAGAGAUUUGAGGAGCUCGGGAUAUUGCUCAAGCCUUUUGGACCCGGUAAGGCGUCGCCAAGAGAGACAGCCAUAUGGUUGUCCAGGAGUUUGAAAGAAGUUGGACUAUAACCAGAGGCCUGUGAGUGCAAGAUUAAACCUGCGAUAACAUUGUACCUUAACAAGCUUCAGGCUAUCCUGUACAGUUUCAGUUUUGUGAUCUGUGUGUUUUACCCCUGAACUGGUCUUUAUGGAACACCACAUACAUUCGACAGCACUCUUUCUAUUGACCUGUAAUAACAUAUUAGACAAAUUUAUUAGUUAGAUGAACAAUACCUUAGAUUCAUGUGACAUUGUAUCCUGAUUCCCCAAACUGUGUGGUCAGCAAGUUGACAUCUCGAGAGCCAUCUCUAUGGUAUGGCAUGACAUUGUUCAUUGUCAUUGUUUUUUGUAAUUUUUCCCCUGAUACCAUGUAAAGGAUUUAUGAUUCUUCAGUUC